AUGGACACAAACAAGAACAAACUACUUGAACUUCUUGAUGCGAAACAGCAGCUUUCUGAAGUCGCUGACACAUUUGCCAGUUGCCAUUUACAAGUAGUCAUGUUGUUAGGGGGAGACGUCAACAUGACUAUAGAGAUGGCAAACAAUGUCCCUUCGUAUUCCGUGAAGGUGACAAGCACAGUUACGGCAAUCGACAAAGUGUGUCCGACGUAUGGCCGAGGGAAACUCCUGGAUGUUGAUUCCGCAGUGCGUCUCGAAAAUGAUUUGCACAGAUACUACGCCCUGGUCAUUCAGCUAUUUAGCCAUGCCAUCAAACUCUCGAAACAGCCCCGAAUCAGGCAAAGAUUAUCGUGCAUCAACCCCUUCGAGUCUAGUCUCAAAAGUCUUUUGGAUCAGGAGAGUCAUGCUGCAACUGGGAUAGAAAAGCAAAUACCCCGUGCUUUCAAUCAGAUAAACCAAAACUUAAAGAACUUGAUACAGGACGAAAUCAGGGAUAACGCGGAAAUUCUACGCAAAUUCACCAAUCACGGCACUUAUAUCGCGAAAUUGAUCACACGGCCAGCUAGUCAGUCAAGCAGCCUUAUGUAUUACGCGCUAUUGCACGCUUCGAGAAGAGGCUGCAACGAUCUUGUAGCAAGUUUGCUGCAAGUAGGUGCCAAUGUGAAUUGGACAGUUCUUGGAAGAGUACCUCUUAUAGCGUCAGAUGAAGACCAUCAGUGGCUAGAGACACACUCCCAGUCCGUAAUUGUGGACGGCAUCAAACUUACUGUUGGGAAGCCUGGACGAACAGCACUUCAAGCGGCAACAGAAGAAGGUCAUCUGGAGGUGGUUGAGCGGCUUCUAGCAGUAAAUGCCAAUGUCAAUGCAAGGAGAUAUAUUCAUUAUCGGAGCGGCGACCUAUAUCAUGAGCAGACAGUUCUCUAA